AUGAAGAUUAACCGGAAAUGCCAUCACGGCGGCGACGAUUACGACGAUGUCUGUUUCAUGUCAAAAGUGAACAAGGGCGCUCAGAAAAUCAUGAUCGCGAUGCCGGAUCAGUUAGCAGUGGUGUUCAUGUGGUCCCUGUUGACGGGAGUGUUCAUCGUUUUCCUGAUGGUGGCCACGUGCGUUGUUCUAAGGAUCGAAUCGCCACCAUUUCCGUCGGCGGCUCUGCAGACGUCACGCUGUCCGACCGCGUCCAGACAUCUGCUGGUGGCCAGGCUGGACGUCGGCCCCGGUGACGUGCACUACGUUUUCUUGGACGACGACGACCGCAUCCCACGGCUUUCGGCUUGUUCGCUGGAGUCGGCUGUGGACGCCGGUUCGGGCGACGCCAGCCGCGGUCGCGUAAACGUGUUCGUCGUCGGUGGCAUCAAAUGGGUCUCGAACCUCAAUCGAACACUUUCGGAGGUGUCGCUGUCGUCGACCCUGACUCAUAUGAAGUCCACGUACGGCCACGGCCGGUUGAACGUGUCCCACGUCAGUCUGGAGGAGUGUCUGGAAUGUUCGCCGUUUCAAGGCAUGGACCUAAGCGGUCGCCCGGCGCUCGCCAAAUUCGUGGUGCAGCUGGUACUGCUGUGGCAGUUCGGCGGCACAGUGCUGGACGACGGCGUGAUGGUGAUCCGCAGAGACGUGUACCGAGCGACGGGCGACGCGGUCGAGUACGGCGACCGUACCAUCAGCUCGCGGGUCGCGUGCCAUGCGUUCGUUUACAAAGCGAUGCUGAGCGCCAAGAGGUACGCUCUCAGCGGCGAGCCGUUCACGCCGGACACCGGCCGGACGAUAGUGCACGACUCGGCCAACGGCGUGGACGCCCGACCCGUGGCCGACUGGGUAAUGUGCCGCGGUGGAGUGGUGGUUGACGAACGCUGUUAUUACGCGGAGGAGAUUGCCGAAUUGCAGGACUAUCGUUGUCCCGUAGUGGUCGACGAACCGUGGUCGCCGAGGUUCCAGCAAGCCACCCACGCCUCGUCUCCGAGGUUCCAGGAACCCACCCAGGCCACAACGACAGACGCAGUCGAGGACGAGCAAAACGAACAUAACACAGCAGACGACGAGCGAGUUUCCACGGUUAUCGUAUAA